AUGGCGGACCAGCAAAGCCAAACGGGUCGGCGACUGACCCAGAUCAAAGACUUCCUCACCAUGAACAAGACGGCGACUACCAUCCCCUUCGACCCGAACUCGACUAAGUUCCCCACGCGAAAGGAACUUCCCAGGAUCGAGGGUGCGCCCAAGGACGCCGCCUGGGUUUGGGGAGAGAAUGACUUUAUCGGUCGGCUGAACCUCCUCACUCCGGCCCGCGUAGCUGCGGCCUCAAAAGAAAUUCGAUCCGGCGAGAUUGUUCCAGUGAACUUACCCCUUGAUGUUCCCGAAGUUCCGGCAUUCCAUCGCCAGCAGUUCAAGCAUGAGCUCAAAACCCUCGCCGAAAACAUUGCCUACGACGAUGUAUACGAGCUGAACACACAAUCAGGGACCCAAUGGGACGGCUUCCGUCAUUUCUCGUGGGUCGAGACAGGUACCUUCUACAACAACACCAAGGGCACCGACAUCAUCACACCCAGCGGGGCCAAUGCGAGCCACAAAUGCAGUAUCCACCAUUGGGCCGAGCACGGCAUUGCGGGUCGUGGCGUCCUGCUCGAUUACAGAGGCUAUGCAAAGAAGAAGGGCAUAGAGUACGAUCCGUACGACUACUACCCAAUCAGCUACGAGGAGCUCUACCAAUGCGGCUUAGACCAAGGUAUUGACAUCCGUCCCGCCGCCCAGGGCGGAGAUAUCAAGAUCGGCGACAUGCUCUUCAUCCGCAGCGGCUGGGUCGAGGCGUACCACUCGAAGUCUCCUGACGAGCGCAAUGCCCUCGCCGUGCGCCCACACCAAUUCGGCCUCAACGACGGGCAGAGAUGGGCCGGACUGAGCCAGGAAGAGCGGAUGAUCGAUUGGCUGCACGACUGCUACUUCGCCACCGCUGCUGGAGAUGCUCCCGCAUUCGAGGCUUGGCCGUCGCACGAAGCACACUACCUUCAUGAAUACCUUCUAGCCUUGUGGGGAAUGCCGAUUGGAGAGAUGCUGGAUCUGGAGAAGCUGGCACAGAAGUGCAGAGAGCACAACAAGUGGACCUUCUUCUUCUCAAGUGCACCGGCCAACUGCCGUGGUGGUGUGAGCAGCCAUGUCAACGGACAGGCGAUCCUGUAA